AUGUCACGUUAUGAUUUUGAACGAAUUAAAGCAAAAUUAAAAUUUUCUAAAUCUAAAGAUAAAGAUGACAAUGACAAGGGAUGGCGAAUCCGUGCGAUUCUUGAAAUAUUUAGGACAAAUAUUCAGAGUUAUGGAUAUUUUCAAACUGCUCUCUCUGUAGAUGAAACGAUGGUUAAGUCUUACGCACGUACAAGUUUGAAGCAAUUCAUCAGAGGAAAACCAAUCAGAUUCGGAUUGAAAUUUUGGGCGCUUUGUACUCAGAAUGGAUUUUUAUUAGACUUAGAUUUGUAUUGCGGAAAAAACUCUUCAGUUGGAGAUAUUUUACCUAAAUGUACAUUAGGUACUCGGGUUGUGAUGCUUCUUUUGAAAAACUUUUUUUCAAAUACUAGUCCACGAAAAAUUUCCGAAUAUCAUCUCUAUUUUGAUAAUUUUUUCACCAGUUUUGAUCUCAUUUUACACUUAAGUAAAUUAGGUUUACGUUCUACAGGCACUAUACGGGAGAACAGAGUUCGUGAAAAAAAUAUAAUUGAUAAAAAUGCUCCUAGAGGUACGUAUGUUGCGAAACAUGAUAAAAACAGUCGGAUUAAUUAUAUAACCAUGAUAGAUUCUAAGCAAGUUUCAAUUGCUUCUACAGCUGCAGGAGUGAAUCCUCUUAUGCCUUUAAACAGGUACAAGGCAGAGCAAAGAUCAAAAGUAGAGAUUCCAUUUCCGAAAGUGUUCCACGUUUAUAACAAAUUUAUGGGAGGAGUCGAUCUCCAUGACGGACAUUGUAAUAAUGUAUUGCCAAGCAUUCGAUCAAAACGAUGGACAUGGGUUGUUUUUGUAAAGUUAAUCCAAUCUGCAAUCACAAAUGCGACUGUAUUAUUUAAUUCCGCUCAUAUGGAAGAAAAUAAGAUUGGAACUAAAGAAUUUGUUCUUGCUAUCGCUAAGCACUAUAUUGGAAACGCUAGUUUGAAGGUUGGACAACCACACAAAACAGUAAACAAAGACAAACAAAAAAAAUGCUCUACAAAACACUGUGUCAUAAGAACAUACAAGUUUUGUAGAAACUGUGAAAAAUACUUUUGCAAACAGUGCUUCAGCCAAUUUCAUUAA